AUGAACCGGCAGUCUGGCUCCGUCUCCUUUCAAGUCAUCAUGCCAGCUGCAGACAGCUUGGCAGUGAAGCAGAAGAGGAGGAUAUACGACAUCACCAACGUACUGGAAGGAGUGGGGUUGAUUGAGAAGAAAAAUAAGAACAUAAUCCAGUGGAGGGGAGAGAACUCAGGAAGCCAAACUCAGGAGGUGGUGGAGCAGCUGAAUGUUUUGAAGGCCCAAAUCUCUGAGCUGGAGGCCCAAGAGAAAGAGCUGGACAACCAGAAGGCAUGGCUAGAGGAGAACAUCAAACACCUUAACCACGAUCCCAUCACUAGCUCUUAUAAAUUUGUGACACAUGAAGACAUCUGCAAUGCCUUCAGCGGAGACACUCUGCUCGCAGUAGUGGCUCCUGCUGGGACUCAGCUGGAGGUACCGCUACCUGAAAUGGGCCAGAGUGGGCAGAAGAAGUACCAGGUGAACCUUCGCAGCCACUCUGCUCCCAUCCAGGUCAUGCUCAUCAACAGGGAUUCAGACUCCAGAAUACCUGUGGUCUUCCCCGUUCCGCCCACUGACGACAUCUGUCCAAUGCCAACUCCACCCAGCACCCCCGCCAGCCUGCAGAGGUUCCCUCUCUUAACGUCCAUGUACUCCACCUCCAACAUUACCUCCUCCUACUGCAGCCAGGACUCUCUCUGCUCAGACCACCAGAUGGUGCUGCCAGAGCAGGAUGAAGUGCUGACACCAUCGUCCACCCCUCCUGAUGUACAGAUGGAGUGUCACUGUCAGUCAGCAGCAGUGUUGGAGCAGCAGCAGAUGGACCUGGCGGGCCCAGAGUUCCAGUCUGUGCUGGACGUGAGCAGCUUGCUGAAGCUCAACGCUGCUGGAGACGUCAUGAAGGACGACAGAGAGGGAGCUGUUGACCUGAUUGAUGAGCUAAUGUCUACUGAUGGCAUAGACUACAGCUUCAACCUUGACGACAACGAGGGAGUGUGUGACCUGUUUGAUGUGCAGAUCCUCAAUUACUGACGGCUAACAGCCCCUCUGCUGUACGCUUAUACAAACUCGGGAAGCACUUUUUGCCUCUUAAGACGCUUCAAAGAUACCAUUUCCCAUUUUUGUUACAAUAACAGCUGAUAUUUAAACUUUCAUCUUCAAAAGAAAAACCUUGACACACAUUAGACUUCACAGAUGUCUGCCAGACAACUUCACUGUAUUAUACUGGCCUUUUGAUCUUAGCCUUUUGACAUAUAUAAAGAUGGAUGAUGUGUCUCCACUACUACUAAAAAUAUCCCAGAUACGAGCGCUGCCGUCUUGCUCUGCUGAAGUCAUUGGGAGAGUGUUUGUGCAGUAGAGAUCGGGGUUGGAUCUGAAAUCAAGGUCCCACCCGGCCCGUCCCUUUUUAUUAAAUAAAUAAAAAUAAUAAUAAUGAUAAUUAAAACCAAACUUAAAAAAAAGACACACAUCAGCGCCAUGAGAACAACCUAAAGUGACAGAAACCAUCUUACGUCUAUUUUGAUUUUUUUGUUCUGCUAACAUCUGCUAACAUAGAGAGGGCAGAGUUUAUGACCUGUACUGCAGCCAGCCACAAGGGGGCGAUCAAGAUGUCACAUAGUCCACCUUUAUAUACAGCCUAUGCUCUCAGCCAACACAAAACAAAAAGUGCCUGAAUUACUUUACAAUAAGAUAUUUAUGUGCCCAUCAGGUUUUUAGUGGUUUACUGGGUAAAUACUACAACAUUUCAGAGAAAUGAGGUACCUGAAUGGAAGUAAGCCGGAACACAAAUCCUUCAGCCUCCUACUGCACUUUUGCAUGUAUGUAUCUUUUGUAUUUUUCCACAUCCAGUGGAAAGCAUGAGACUUGAAAAAACUGCUUUACUUUCUAUGUGAACAGUUGGGAAUGUGAGCUGAUUCACAGUAACUCAGUAAUAAUUCAGUAUUGGCUUCUUUCUAACAUUUGAUACAGGGUUGAUGAUUAGUUCAGGGUAUGUAAGAAAGUAACUUUCUUCACAUAGAAAGAAUAUUGUGUAAAAACAUAACAAAUUCCAUAGUUAUAUUUCAUAAAAUGGCAUAUUGUAUUUAAUGAGUGAAUGGUUUGGUUGCGUUUUGUAACCUUGUUCUCAUGUGAAAAUGCCAGAAUGUUUUCUUUUCUAAAUUAUUGUGACACUGCCGUUUUAGGCCUCUUGAGUUAUUGUUUUCUUUUUAAAAAGUCUUACAGUUAUAUAUUUGAAUAAUUCAUAUUUUUUACUUAAUUUUUAGAAAGAAAAUCUUGGUUCAAGUUUGUUGAAACUGAAGCUGGUUGACUGCCUUAAUCGUAAUUUAAAAAGUGAAUUAGCCAUAUUUCUGAUUGGUAAUAUCAGAUGUUAAGAGCCUUAAAUGGCAUUUUUGUAUAUUUAUAGUUUUCUUUGAUUACAAGAAGUCAUGUUUUUGUUACAUUUUGUUGUUUAUUUGCACAUUUUUGAAAGUUUUUCAA